AUGUACAAAAAGACAGGCAGCAGAGUUGGAUUUGGCAAAGCUGAAGAUGUUGAGAUUCUUGUUGAGAUCUUGCAGAGUCCUGAUGGCGUCUUGAGCAGCUGUGAUUGGUUCUUGGUGUUUCUCUCCUACCUCAUGUUGCUGUUCACUCUGCCCCUCUCCAUAUGGAGGUGCUUUAAGGUCAUUCACAUGUAUGAGCGGGCCGUGAUCUAUCGCCUGGGACGCGUUUGGCGAGGAGGAAACAGAGGACAAGGGUUGGUCUUCGUCCUGCCGUGGACGGACACGUUGAUGAGAGUCGACGUCCGCACCAUCACCUUCAACAUCCCAUCACAGGAGGUUGUGACUGAAGAUCUUGUCCGGGUUUGGACUGAUGGUGUGAUCUGCUACCGGGUCCAGAACGCUGCCAAGUGUGUGACUAACGUCAGCGACGUGCACGUGGCGAUCCGGCUGUUGGCUCAGACCGCUGUGAGGAAGGUCCUGAGCACAAUGAGCCUGCGUGACAUCCUGUCAGAGCAGGAAGAGGUCACCUCCAUCAUACAGUCCACUCUGAAGGCCACCACAGAGGACUGGGGGAUUCAGAUCCAGCAGGUGGAGAUCAGGAUGUCCAACUGCCCCCAGCAGCUGCACAACUCUGUGGCAGACGAGGUGGUGGCUGCAGAGGGACACAUGAACUCACCGCUGAUGCACAAGGAGGCGGCUGUGACUGGAGAGACUGCAGCAGCCCCGAGGCUGCGCUACCUGCAGACCCUCCAAAACAACAGUUUCUUUGGUGGACUCAUCACUCGCGGGGAGUACAGAAGUGCAAUGCCCACACAUGGUGAACCUUAUGCUCCCCCACCCGUACCCAGUAAUGCCUGCCAUGUUAGACUACCAGUCUGA